GUGCCCAUCACGUCGGAGUACCAUGGCACCGCCGACGACGUCAUGGACGUUCAAAUCAGUGAUGCAACCACGAGCACUUCUCCUUGUCGGCUUUGCCGUGUGGUGUACGAUGGCUGUCCUUGUUUUGAAAGGGACCUGGUCGUCGAUGGGCGAAGUGUCUGUGCGAGCGGAGCACCGACAGCAUGAUGCAAUCCCAGGGAACUCGUCGCGGGGCAUCGUCAUUUGCUUGCACGACGGCAUGGUUCCGAUGGCUCUGUCGUUAGUGCAGGAGCUCCGACAUCUUGGCAACAAGGACGUGAUCCACAUGUACCAUUGUGGGGCCGACGAGAUUUCGGCGCUGUCGAGAGCAACGAUCCUGGCUGUGGACCCGACCGUCCAGUUUAUCGACGUCUGCACCGACAUGGUGGCGUCAGGUAAGCUCCGCGAGGACCAGGUGCCAUCUUUCCGAAGCUACUGGCUCAAGCCCCUCGCGCUGAUCCACUCCAAGUUGAAUCACGUGAUGCUGAUGGACACUGACGUCAUGGUCUUCCACGAUCCAGCGCUUCUCUGGGAUAUCCAAGGGUAUCGAGACACUGGGACCCUGUUCUUCCGCGACCGCGAAAUCAUCAUCCAAAUGUUCCUCACCGACAUCGUCGAAUUCCCCGAUCGCACAAAACAGCUGGCCUUGCAUGCGCUCGUCGAAACCUUCGACUAUGCAAAAUUCAACCUCGAGUACAAUCCGUCGUCCAUGCUGCUCAAUUCGCUCGCGUGGAAGGGAGAUGCAGCCCACGAACAAGACUCGUCUAUCACGCUCAUUCAUAAAUCGAGGGCGUCGGUGGCCAUGGACGUCCUGUUUCACUUAGUCACGGUCGACAUCCACCGCCACACGCCGAUUUUUACCCACGGGGACAAAGAAUUGUUCUGGCUCGCGUACGAAUUGAGCCAGACGCCGUACUUUUUCUCGCCAUGGGCAAAUUCCGGGGCCGCGCGACCUGGAGAUAUGGUAAACCAUCCCAAUACGCUCUGCGGUACGUUGCGGUGCAGGCUCGCUGUCGUUUUUCCUCUCUCAAUGAACGACACGCAUCGGACAAGCCGUGCGCAUCGUGUUUGGUCCUGCAGUUGGCGCUGCUUGGACGAUUCACGUGGACGUCGAGGUCGAUGGAGUCGCAACGUUCAUGGAUGGAUCCCGUGCCUCAUGUGGAAUGAUGAAAAAUGUCGCAGUGUGCGUCACAUGGAUCGCGUUUAUCGUGCGUGCAUGGCGGCAGCAGUUGUUGGCGGCAAAUGGCACAAGAAGCUCAUUUCUUGCAUAGGGGACUUGGCGCAGUGGAUUCCAGACCUUCGGUACCAACACGCCCUGCUCUACAUCAACGGCGCGUACGUGUUUAACCCGCGUUCAGACCACUUGGCCGACAUUCCAGACAUGGAAGGGCGUCGGCAAAAGUUACUGAAGUACUUGCCGACCCACGUGUCGGCACAGCGCCGCCGAUCCAAAGCGCUCGUGCGCGCCCACGACCCCGACAAUUUGUGGAGCGACAUUUGUCUGUACAAUCGAGGGUCCGAACCCAUUCGACCGCAAGACUUGGACGCCAUGCAGCGGAAGAUCAACAAUGCGAUUGACAUUGCGAUUCAACUCGACGCAGUCAAAGCGGCACAAACCUCGCCCGCCCCACUCGCGUAACACCGGCAAUGCCUGCCGCGACAAUUGCCACCAUUCGCUCGAAUUGGAGAGGCCUGUCGGCGCAAAGCUAGGCUGCAAAACCAAUACAUGCCCGUGGCUGCAAGCCCAACGAUAUCGUCAUCUCGUCUGAAGUUUCCAUCGUCGGGCACGAUUCUGCCUCGUGUUCCACAAGUUCUAUCAACGACGCCCGUUGAAAAUCACUCCAUAUAUACUUCCUCCGUUCUCGUGUCCUGCUUGGCAAAGUGGCCAUUCAGGUAUAUAACCAAUAACACGUAGUUUUCUC